UCUUGAGACAUGUAGGAUGAAGUGGCUACUUCUUCAUACGUUGGUCCUUUUUCUGAUACGGUCUACACAUGCAUACAAUAAUGGAUGUGGUGAUAUCUGUGGCCGCCGUCCUUUGGCCUCCAGUCACAGUAGCAACCUGCGGAUUGUGGGUGGCAUCGAUACACUCCCAGGAACAUGGCCUUGGAUUGUCAGCAUCCAGAUACCUACCAUGACUGGCUUCAGGCACACCUGUGGGGGGUCCCUCAUCAGCUCUCGCUGGGUCAUCACAGCAGCCCACUGCUUCCUCAAUAAAAGAUACCUAGAACACUGGAAGCUGGUCUUUGGUGCCGCUCAGCUUUCUCGGCCUGGCCCGGAUGUCCAGGAACGCACCAUCAAGAACCUGGUGGAGCACCAGCAAUACAGACGCAGCACCCACUUCAACGACGUGGCCUUGAUGGAGCUGAGCCACCCAGUCAACUGUAGCGAUUACAUCCAACCUGCCUGCCUGCCAGACAUGGAGGUGGAGAUUUCAUCGCUGACUCGCUGCUAUAUCAGCGGCUGGGGAGUGACCAACGUUUCAAAGCCAGAUGUGACUUCGGACAUCCUGCAAGAGGCCAGAGUAAACCUCAUCCCCAUAACCACGUGCAACAGCACUGCCUGGUACGACAAGAAAAUCCAUUACAACAACCUCUGUGCUGGACACGAGGAGGGAGGCAUUGACACUUGCCAGGGUGACAGUGGAGGUCCUCUUAUGUGUCGGGAGCAAAGAUCCGAGCGCUUCUGGCUUGUAGGUGUCACCAGCUGGGGGGCCGGCUGUGCCAGGGUCAUGAGGCCGGGCAUCUAUUCCUCCACGCAACAUUUCCUGAACUGGAUCAAAGACGUGACCAAGGAGAACUUUUUCAAGACUCCUCGCCCACCCAAAUUAAGACCCCCGGUCAUCCCCACGGUAAAGCCGCUUGAUCAGCUGUGGCAACAAACCCCCACCAUGAAUGCAAACCAGCAGCUUGAGAGCUGGGUUCAACCCACGCGGAAGCCUCCGAGGCUGCCUUCUGCAAAUGAAAUCCAAGAGUUUGAGAACUGGGCUGCAGCUCAGACAAGGCCUAGUACACAACCCACCACACCGUUCACAGUCCCCUGGCCUCAGCCACCAGUGCCAACACUACCUCUACCACCCCCACCCCCACCUCCUGUUCAGACCCCCUCCCCAUGGGGUUCACAGAAUGUGCAGAACUGGAACCAAGGCUGGGCUCCAGUUUACCGCCCUCCGCCCAGAACCAGACCCACUGCGGUGCCUUGGCCAGGAUACAUCGCACAGCAGCCCCAGACGUGGGGCAGUGUGGCUGUGACCAGGACAAGACCUCAACUUCCUUAUUAUGGAGGAUACUACCCAACCUGGAACAUGGCCAGGCCUCCCCUUCGGACCACUGCCCCUUCAGCGUGGAAUGUCCAGAAAUGGUCUCGUCCAACUACACCCAAGAGUUACCUCUGGUACUCAAGAUGGAGCAGAUCCCCUAAGUAGCCACAGUGUUCCACCCCAUAACCAGGCAGUGAUGUUCUGCCUUUCCCUGCCCAUCCGUCAAGCAAACUUCAAGGGCAUACAGUUUUGGGGUCUGUCCCCUCCCUUCCUCCUUCUCCAGGUCCCAAACUGUACCUUUUAACAGAUGGAUGUAAAUAGAGUCAGGGAUGAGACACAACAGAUGCUGGAGGUGUGCAGUAGUAAGUCACCCGCUGUUGCAGGGGUCAGCUGUGAUGCUUGGUCCCAAGGCCUUGGUAUUUUGUAGGACUCACGGUGUGUGUGUGUGUGUGUGUGUGUGUCUCUCUCUCUCUCUCUCUGUGUGUGUGUGUGUGUGUGUGUGCGCGCCUAUCUGGAUAAGGAGACACCUGGAUCAUUCAGCAGCUUGAUUCAUGCCUACCAACUAUUUCAAAGAGAAGACUGGAAGUUGCACUCUUCCUGGGGCUGCUCUUCUGUUGAGCAACAUUUGUAAUUCUAUAUUAGCAAUAAAGUAGUAUCUCUUCUAAUGACUUGCAUGGCUUAUUCCACUGCACAAUGCUCUUCAAUUAUCAUAUCCUUUAAUAUGUUGGCAUCCUAUCUUUCUGGGCUAAAAUGGAAGCAGGGUAUUCCAAUAAACGUAGUCUUGCAAAAAAAAAAAAAAAUUCAGCCUAGAAAAAGGUGAAGUCAAGCAGCAGCAGUUAGAGCCUCAGAGUUGGUGAAAUGAGGAACUAUCUAGCUUUUGGCACAAGAUGAUAGCAAUAGCAACAGCACUUAGACUUAUAUACCGCUUCACAGUGCUUUACAGCCCUCUCUGAGCAGUUUACAGAGUCAG